AUGGCAUCGAGUGUAGCACGGCAAUGGAUUUCGAUACCAAGUGAAUUGAUUGGUUCGAUUCCACGUACGAAUGAAUUACUUGAAGCUCGUCUUCGAUAUGAAAGUGAUUUAAUAACCAUUGAAGAUUUACGUAAAAUAGAAAAAAAAGCAGUGGAGCAAACAGUUGUCGAAUUAGAUCAACUGACUGGAUCGAUGAUUUUGACAGAUGGUGAACAAACAAAACCUUCAUUUCUGACUUAUCCAAUUUAUGAUCUCGUUUUUGAACGAUAUACAUUUGAUAAACAAUGUUUUCAAAUAACAUUUAGUGACGAAUGUGGAGCACAUGUUGUUCAACUUGAUUUUACAGAAGCUCGAUUAUCAUUAAAAGUUGAUCCAAGUGGUCGAUUACUCAAAGAUUUUAUUGCGAUCAAUAAUCGAGUUCUAGAACGAUUCAAUGUGAAUGAGCAGAAGAAAAUUGGUGUACAUGUUUGUCCCGGUGGUGAUUUAGAUUGUUGUCAUUCAUUCGAUAUUGAUUAUACUCUCAUGCUGCCCGAUUUAUUUCGAUUAAAUUUAACCAAUUUUUAUCUUCAAUUAUCGUCUGAAAAAAAUCGUAUCAAAGUAUUGAAAUGUAUUCAAAAGCAUAUGAAACCAAAUCAUCGUAUUUUCAUCGGCGUUAUUGAUCCCAUUAAUCCGGCAAUUGAAACAGCUGAAAUGGUUCGAGAUCAAAUAUUAGAAGCAGCACAAUUUAUUCCCAUCGAACAACUUGGUACGACUGAUGAUUGUGGCUACAGCCCGUUUGCCGAUGACACAUCCACAUCGAGAGAAGUGUGUUAUGAGAAAAUCAAAGCAAGAAUUCAAGGAACCAAGAUGGCUGAACAAAUCUUAAAUGCACGAUCAUAA